CCCUGAAUCCUGCUACUUCAACAUCAAAAUGGCUCCUUCUAAUUCUCAAUCGGCGCGGCCGAGCCUGCUUCGCUACAUAGCAAUGGUGAUCCUGGCAUUGAUCAUCCUUGUAGGCAUAGCAGUGCUGAUAACAUGGCUUGUCUUGAGGCCAAAGAACUUAGUAUACAGUGUUGAAGAUGCUGCAAUCCACAACUUCAACCUAACUGAUGCAAACCAUCUGAAUUCGAAUUUCGAGUUCACCAUAAGAGCUUACAAUCCCAACCGUAGAGUCUCUCUAUACUAUGAUUCUGUAGAGGUUUCAGUGCGUUAUGAGGACCAAACACUAGCCACCAAUGCAGUUCAACCGUUCUACCAAGGACAUAAAAAUGUGACUAGGCUUCAGGUGAGGCUUGCUGCUCAAACUGUUGCAUUGUUUGGGAAUGUGCCUAAGGAUCUUAAGCUUGAGAGAACCUCAGGAGAUAUUGAACUUGACGUGUGGAUCAAGGCAAAGAUAAGGUUCAAGGUUGGCAAGUGGAAAUCAGAUCAUCGUACUAUGAAGAUCUUCUGUUCUUCUGUUUUGGUGAAAUUUAAUAGGAGCAAGACUUUUCAAAGGACCCCUUGUCAUGUAGAACUCUGAGAUGUUCCCUUUAUCUCUUUAAAUUGUUGUUUUUCUGUUGGUUUGUUUUUUGUUUUGGUUUUAAGAUUCAUGUUAUGAAUUCUUUUGUCCUUGUAAUUCUUUUUUUUUUUUUUGUUAUUUUAA